AUGGUUGAGCCUGGUAAUUGUUGGGAUGCCAUUCCCAACGGCGUCCCGGAAGAAGAAGAGUUUGAUAACAUUCUCAAUAUUUUGGAUUUUCCUUUGGAGAGCUUGGAAGAUGAUGGGUUUGUGGCUGAUUGGGAUAUCAGCAAGUCUCAUUGUCUUGGGCCCAUACCGUCUAGCGAGCUAAUCGGGCCCCCAAGCACUUCCAACACCAAGGUUGAUUCUAGGUGUUCGCCCCAUUUGUCGACUGGACUCAUUGCUCCUAUUGUUGGAGCCCAAGAGCAAAAGCAACAGCUGAACCUCGCCUCGACCCAGGAAUCUAGCUCUUUCCACAGCCAAAGCCCGGUAUCAGUCCUUGAGAGCAGUGGGUCAUGCUCAGCUUCCAGAAAGAACCCGCCCGCCGCCCCCUCUAACCCGAUUCCUGUGCGGGCUCGAUCCAAAAGGCCCAAACGGGAUGGUAGGAAUCCCUGGCUCUCUGCAUCAUCUCAUUUCACCUCCACAUCCAAAUGGGCUUCAAAAGACAAGUUGAAUAAGAAGAAGCCACAGGAUGAGGCUGAGAAAUCGGUGCCGCAGGCCCCACCAAGCUGCUCCAAGAAGUGCACACACUGCGAGAUUACCAAGACCCCACAGUGGAGGGAGGGCCCUUUGGGCCCUAAGACGCUGUGCAAUGCGUGCGGUGUCCGGUACCGUUCGGGCCGACUGUUCCCGGAGUACCGGCCCGCAGCAAGCCCAACGUUUGUCCCCACCUUGCACUCAAACUCACACAAGAAAGUGAUAGAGAUGAGGAACAAAGGGAAGAAGCCGAAGGUGGAGGAGGAGGAGGAGCCGCUGGUUUCGUCACCCCAGCCCGAGUUUGUACCGAUGAGCAACUAUUUGUUCGAUUAUAUUUACUGA